AUGGAUCAUCAAGAAGACUGUCCUACCUUGCCUACCUCCACAGAGACAACCCAGGAUGCAGUGACUGAUGACCAUCAACAGCAGGCCGAUCCUACACAACAGACAGUUGGUGACCAUGCUCCACAGCCUCCUGACCAGCAAGAACCAACUGAUGAGAGGCCACGCAGAGAACAGCACCCCCCAAUGACCUUCAGCUACAACCACUUGGGGGAAACCAUCAUGGCAGCACAUACACCCUCACUUAAUGGCCAUCCAAGGGUCUCCACUCCCACCACCUUGGACAAUGCCUGCCCAGCAGCUGCCUGCACCCUGGAGGAGCCCAAGAUUACCAUGGUUCAAACCUUACAUGUAUGCGCAACAAGCCCUUUGAGUUACAACACCCUCGAUGAACCCACACCCGCAGCAAGGAUAGGCUGUCCCACCAACUCGUCAAUUGAUGUAUCCACUAAUGGGCCUGAUGAACGACCUGCGAGAACUAACGAACCCGUCCCGCCACCCACCCACGAACCCAUUCUGCCACCCAACCACGGACCCGUCCCGCCACCCGACCAUGGACCUGUUAACCACCUGGAAACGGGCCAGUCCCGCAACCAGCUGACGAACCAGUCCUACAACCCAACCACGUACCUGUCCUUCCAUCAGCCCAUGGACCCGUCCAGCCAUCUAGCGACGAAUCAACCCUGCGCCCAACCCAUGAACCAGUCCUGCCACCUACACAUGCCUGCAGAUCUGCCCGAAAAGCAAUGA